AUGCCUAAGAAGAGAGCUUCCAACGGACGCAACAAGAAGGGCCGUGGCCACGUCACCUCUGUUCGCUGCUCCAACUGCAGCCGUAUGGUCGCCAAGGACAAGGCUAUCAAGCGCUUCACCAUCCGCAACAUGGUCGAGUCUGCCGCCGUCCGUGACAUUUCGGAUGCCUCUGUCUACCAGGAGUACGUUUUGCCCAAGUUGUACGUUAAGGUCCACUACUGCGUCUCUUGCGCCGUCCAUAACAAGAUUGUCCGUGUUCGCUCCCGCGAGAACCGCCGUAUCCGCACUCCCCCCGUGCGUGUCCGUUACAACCGCGACAACAAGCGGGUUAACCCUGCUGCCGCCGCCAAGGCUGCCUACUAA